GUCCAACUUCUGUCUGCCUCACUGAGGGCACGAGUCGCACAUAGAUCGACAUUUCACAAACGGGAGAGGCAAGGAAUCACAAGUUAGUCUCACAUUGAAGAAGGGGGAAGCAAAAGAUAAGCAAGGAACAAGGAACAGCACGGACACGAGCCGCUGGCCCGGCGCUCGCCAGCGAUCGCCCGCGGCACGGCUGCACGGAACGCUCGUGGGCGGAUCAAUUCUCCCAGCCACGUCUCGUCCCAAACAGGCAAAACGGCGGGACGGCGGUUGCCGUUCGCAUCUCGACCAAGUACGGCAAUGUCACCCGGUGGCGGAUGUGGUGGGCGCACGGAUCCUCAGCAUCCGUGCGUUCAUGUCCGCGCUCAGGGUCGCAGAAAUACAUAUAAACAUCGUCGAGGUGGCCUGGCGGUGAUUCAUUUCUCCAUCCACGAAUCGCUGCGUACACAUUUGCUACGCCGUCGCGACCUUCCCCAUGCCGUCAUCUCACCGCUCACGCUCUCUUUCCCCCGACGCAGUCAACACAUCGCGAACAGCCUCCGGCAAGCAACGCUCGUCAUCUGUCCCCGCAACGCGACCUCAACUCCCCCUGCGCGGGAUCCUCCGACCUACUAUCGCGGACGCCAAUCACCAUGCUGUCUCGCCCGUUCGAGGCAUCCUGAAGAAACCGACCCCGCAAGCCCAAGCCUCUAAAUCUUCCUCCGCAUCAUCUGCACUCGGUGCGCAGAUCAAACAUGACGACCCGGCAAUUUCACAACGCUCCACCACCGACAGAUCGCGGCCUCAUUCCUCAUCAGACCCCGCACCCCACACUCGCACCCCAGAUUCUGCGAUCAGACCGCGCAGCACGUCCCACACAAACGCGGAAGAGGACUACGUUGCCCGCGCCUGCGGCCAUCUUCCUCCCUUCCCCGAGCAUCACCGACACCGUCCCCGGUCCAGCACGGUCCCCUCCGUACCCAGCAGGCUCGCGGGGCAGUCUUCAGAUGGCUCCGACACCGAGGGGAAGCAUGCCCGUCAAACGCGGGGCCGCGCUACCUCCGCAGCCGUGCGGAAGUCAGCCCCGUUCUCAAAGUCAAACUCUCCGUCGCCGGAGAAGCGGGACGCCGACCAGACGUCCAAGCUUGUAGGGAAGAAGGGCAGCCCCGUGCCCCGGCUGCCCUUCCAGAUCGCCGAUCACAAGGACGUGAUGAACGACCUUACCCAGCUGCUUCAUGAACGUCAGGAGAGGCUGGCGGACUAUCUCGACCUUCGGGUGUUUGGCGAGCAGAAGAAGUUUGAGCGUGAGGCCCGAGAACAUUUUCUGAAGCACAAGGAUGAUCCUCCUGAACAGGAGGAGAACCCUGACGGCAAGCCUCCGAGAAUAUACCACAUGUCCGUUCUCGAAAUGAUGGAGGUCUCAUCCACCACGAUCGUCAUGAACGGGUAUCAGCAUGAUCUGCCUGCUGUCAUCUACGAGUGUGUUGAAGAGCUUUACAGAACAGGCAUUUAUGAUGCAAAUCUCUUCCGCGGCACGCCCAUCAAGCACAAUAUCGACAAAAUGCGGCGCAUGUUCGACCACGGCUACAAGCGCCCUCUAGGCGUGCGCAUCGGCCCCCUCGCGAGAUCCAGCACUGCCGACAUCUGCGGGUUGUUUGAGACCAUCCUGGAGCAUCUCCCCGAACCGCUCAUCCCGCAAGACCUCAACUACGGUCUCUGGAAGUGGUGUGUCAACCCUGUGCUCAAGCGCGAGUGGGAUAUCAUCUUUCCGCCCGUAACCAAGCGGACGCGGAAGACGCUCCGCGGCACCAUCCCGGAGAUGGAGCACGAGAUCAUCGAGCCCGCGUCGCUCACGCCCACGGAGCGGCGCGCGAUCCGCGAGGCGUUCGACGCGCCGCUCAUCGAGAUCGCCCAGCACGUCCUCCGCCUGCUGCCCGUCGAGCGCCUCUCGCUCCUCGUGUACCUCUUCGACUUCUUCAAGCAGGUGCUCGCGUACACCGGCAACGGCAUCAGCGCGGAGGUCAUCGGGGAGAAGUUCGGGUUCUACCUGCUGGGCGGGGCGAGCUACGCCGCGGGGCGCACGCUCGCCGUGUGGAUGCUCGACCGCUGGGAGCGCCUGUCGAAGGGCCUGCUGGACGUCGCCCCGCCCGGCACGCGCCGCUUCGUCACGCAGAAGCCGGACCUUGCGCGCCGCCGCGCGGAGGAGGCGCACCGCCGCCGGUAUGCACCCUCCCCGCACCAGCCGUACCAGGAGGGCUAUGAUGCGUGCGCGGAUGCGGGCUCGGGCUCGUCAGCGUCGAGCGACACUACGAGUACAUCUUUCGGCAGCUCUGUCGACGGACGGGACGACGACGAGGCUGCGUCGGUCCUUGGCUAUUACCUCGGCGAGCAUCCGCGCUCUGACGAAUGCCCUUGCAAGCCUCGUCACGACGUCGGCGAAGAUUCGCGCGUCUAUACCCCGAAGCCUGAGCCGCGCAGGCGCUCUCCGUCAAGAAACGAUGGCGAUAUCCAUCGCUUUAGUCGAUUCGGCGAUGAAAGCAACGUCGUAAGCUUAGUCGACGCCUCCCGCCGCAUUGCCGAGCUCGAACGCGAGCUGCAGCAGAGCAACUCGUUCCGGCGGCUCCUGCGCAGGGAAGCGAAACCGUCGCGCAAGCACCGUGAGGAGCUGGAUCAGGAUCAGGAUUGCGAUGACGACUACAGUCAUUAUUUUUAGCCUGCGAUUGUUGGAUUGGCCUACUGUAUUGUACUGCAUUUCUGUUGCGUUGGAGUAAGAGGCUGUACUGUAGCGAUAGCAAGGAAUGGACUCUGGUACAUUACUUGGACGAUCAACGGAAUGAUUCUGAUAAGUGUACAUGUGGCGGUUCCGAGGCGAAGAUACAUUGCAAGCCCGUGUCCUCAGGCUCAGUGAGGCGGUUUCUGUCAAGUCAAUUCCCCGCGUCCCGCGCUGUCGG